AUGUCUGAUAACGACACUGCUGUGUCUUACAUUAAUUAUAUGGGAAGUUGUAGAUCUUUAGAAUGUAACUCCAUUGCUAAGGAUAUUUGGGAUUGGGCUAUUGACAAAGAUAUUUGGUUAUCAGCAGCCCAUAUUCCAGGAUCAAGCAAUAUUGAUGCUGAUCAGUUAUCUCGGAAUGUGAAUUUGGAUCUGGAAUGGAUGCUUUCCGCUCCGAUUUUUCAGAGGAUAGUAGCUUUAUUUGGCAAACCAGAUAUAGAUCUAUUUGCUAGUAGACUUAAUGCUCAGGUGGAGGAUUAUGUUUCCUGGAAACCACAUCCAAUGGCAAAGUUUGUAGAUGUUUUUACCAUUGAUUGGUCACAAUUUUUCUUCUAUGCUUAUCCUCCAUAUAUUCUGGCUUGUUUCAAGGUGUGUACAGAAAAUAAUUCACGACCAGGCAUCAGGAAUUCUAGUAAUUCCCUUGUGGACAACUCAGCCUUAUUUUACGGCUGUACUGAGACUACUAACAGAAACGCCACGUGUAUUCAAUGCUUCAGUUCAGAAUCUGGUUCAUCCAACCCUGGACAGUCCUCAUCCCCUACACCAACGACUGCAGUUGAUGGUAUGCAAGUUAUCUGGCGAUCCUUGCAAGAGUCUGAGAUUUCGCCAGACAUUGUCGACAUCAUCAUGCAUUCAUGGAGAGACAGCACUCAGAAACAAUAUAAAGUGUAUAUCAACAAGUAGCUGAUUGAAAUAAAGAAUGAUCCGUUGUAUCCCACUGUAAUUAACGGCUGUACUCUUUUUUCUGCACAGUCUUUUCAAGAGUGGCUUGAGCUAUUCUGCGUUGAAUACAGCUCGGUCUGCGGUCUCCAACAUUGGCAUGAGUGAUAGUGAUGCUCCGUCUCACACACCUGUAGGGAAGCAUUUCCUUGUUUGCCGUUACCUUAAAGGGGUGUUCAACAAGCGCAAGCCUGUGCCGCAGUUUAAAAAUAUCUGGUCCGUGGAUACUGUCCUUGAUUACUUGAGUUUAUUUUGGCCUCUGCACGAGAUCAAUUUGAAGGAACUCACCCUAAAAUUAGUCAUGUUGAUUGCCUUGACUACGGGGCAGAGGUGUCAGACUUUGACCUUUUUGGACACAUCAGAGAAAUAUAUGCAGAACAAUGAUACAUGUUUUAAUUUGGCCUUAACUGAACACCUUAAGCAGGACAAACCUGGCAAAGUGUUUGGCAAUGUACGCCUUUACAAGUAUCCA